CGCCGUGAUGACGCGGUGGGUCGGGCUCUUCCCAAGUGCCACGUUCGUGUGGUGGCCUUCUUGUCUUGUCAACGUCGUGCUCGCGGUGGGUCGUUGAGGUGGUGCGGUGUGCGGUAAAGUCGGUUCGUCUUUACAAACUCGUCGGACUCCGUUGUUUCUACGAAGACAAAACAUGAUUUCUCUAAGGUUAAUCGGUCUACUGUGCUGCUUAGCGGCGGUCAACUGCGCCGACUACGAGACGGAAGAUGGUGUGCUCAUCCUCAAGCAGAGCAACUUCGAGCAGGGCAUCAAGGACCACAAGCACGUCUUCGUCAAGUUCUACUCCCCCUGGUGCGGCCACUGCAAGGCCAUGGCGCCAGACUAUGCGAAGGCAGCCAAGCAGCUUGAGGAGGAAGGCUCGGACAUCAAGCUGGCCAAGGUUGACGCCACCGUCGAGAGCCAGCUCGCUGAGCAACACGACGUGCACGGCUACCCGACGCUCAAGUUCUUCCGUGACGGACAGCCACUCGAGUACAAGGGUGGCCGCACUGCGGAGGAGAUGAUCCGCUGGCUCAAGAAAAAGACUGGACCCUCGGCUCAGGCGCUCAGCUCCGUGGACGAGGCCAAGACUUUCGUGGACAGCGCCGAGGUCGUCGUCGUGGGCUUCUUCAAGGACCAGGAGAGUGCGGAGGCCAAGGAGUUCCUCAAGGCUGCGGAUGCCGUCGACCGACACGCGUUUGCCAUCACUUCGGAUGAUGCCAUCUACAAGGAGCUUGGUGCCAACAAGGAUGGAGUAAUGCUCUUCAAGAAGUUUGACGAGGGCAAGAACACUCUCGACAAGGAGGUCACCUCCGAGAACAUUCAGACAUUUGUCCAGCUCAACAGCCUACCCCUGGUUGUGGAGUUCACUCACGAAAGCGCCCAGAACGUGUUCAGCGGCCAGAUUCGUCAACACAACCUGCUUUUCCUCAGCAAGAAGAGCGCAGACUUCAAGGAAGUUCUGGAGAACUUCAGGGAGGCUGCUGCUGCCUUCAGGCACCAGGUUCUGUUCGUGACCAUCGACGUCGAUGACGAGGACCACGAGCGCAUCCUCGAGUUUUUCGGCCUCAAGAAGGACCAGGUGCCGGCCCUGCGUUUCAUCAAGCUCGAGGGUGACAUGACUCGCUUCAAGCCCGAGACGGACUCGCUCAAGGCCGAGGACAUCAAGACCUUCGUCCAGGGUGUGCUGGACGGCACCAUCAAGCAAAGCCUGCUGUCCCAGGACCUCCCCGACGACUGGGACAAGCACCCCGUCAAGGUGGUCGUGCAGAAGAACUUCGAUGAGGUCGUCUUCGACAAGACCAAGGACGUCCUGGUGGAGUUCUAUGCCCCGUGGUGCGGACACUGCAAGCAGCUGGCGCCCAUCUACGACGAGCUGGCCGAGAAAUACAAGGACCGCAAGGAUGUGCUCAUCGUCAAGAUGGACGCCACAGCGAAUGAGCUCGAGCACACCAAGGUCGACAGCUUCCCGACCAUCAAGCUUUACAAGAAAGAAACAAAUGCGGUUGUGCAGUACAAUGGCGAGCGAACACUCGAGGGACUCUCCAAGUUCAUCGACACCAACGGAGAAUAUGGCCAGGCACCUCCUGAGGAAGUUGAAGAGGAAGAAGAGGAGGAGGAAGACAAGGACGACAAGAAGAGGGACGAGCUUUGAGCGAACAAGCUUGGCCAGCCACCACCACCC